AUGACCGACGCUGAUCAGAAGGCUGUGUCCGACAGCUUCGAGGGUCUUGAAGGCAUGAACUUGCCUGUGGCAGCAUUUGUGGAAGCCUUCAAGACGAAUCCCAUACUGGUCCGAAAGAUUGCCUUGGUCACGGGCUUUGAGGAACACAUCCUGAAGUCGAUUCCCCAAGAGGAGCUGCUGUCGACUUUCGAGAAGUGGGACACCGAUUCUACCGGCACCCUCAGCUUCGAGAACUUCGUGCAAGGUCUCUCAAAGAUGCGGCAGUUCAACCGAAGCGCGACUGAGCAGGCUGAGGUUGCCGAGGAGCAGGCUAUUCUGGACGCUUCGGUUCAAGAUGCCAAAGAUGCUUUUCUGGCUGCCGGUGGAAGUCAAGGGAGCGAGCUCGACCUGCAGGCUUUUCUGGUGGCCCUUUCUGAUGCCUCACUCGUGGAUAGGAUCGCGACGGCAACAGGGCUUCCGUCAUCCUUUUUCGAAAACCUAUCCGUGCGGCAGCUGCUUGACCUCUUCAAAGAAGUGGACCUCGACUGCUCCGGCACCAUCUCGCUCGAGGAAUGGAUUGAAGCACUCGUACGGAUACGAAUGACGAUCUACGAUGAGCGUAAGGCCGAGCUGGAUGCAGCGAUGGACGCCGUCAGAAAGCAUGCGGAGGCGGCCUUAAAUGAAGGUGACGAGGAUUGGUCAGGUGAGUUCGACUUCAGGGAGUUCAUCGUUGCCUUCAAGUAUAACCCGACAUUCGUGCGCAAGGUCUCCCUGGCAACGGGGAUUCCGGUGGAAGAGUUGGGAUCUCUGCAGGAGGACUCCAUAGAAGACCUGUUUCUGGCCUUGGAUACCGACUACUCAGGCACCGUCUCCUUCGCCGAGUUUGUUAAGGGCCGCAUCCCGAGUCCAGAACGUGAAGCCGUGAAGACGUGA